ACAAAAACAAACCGACAACUGUUUGCUAUCUCUUAAGUAUUUGUUGUUGCUAUUAUUUAUAUUUAUUUAUUUGUGUGACCUGUUUUUUGUUGUUGCUUAUAUUCCAACAAACAAAUAAUAGAAAUUGGACUUUGUAUUUUUUCUAUUGUUUAUUGCGAAUUUUUGCUUUUAGCUGCAGACAGUUUAAUUUUAAGUUACAAAGUGUUAGAAGUGUUAUUUAUAGGAAAUAAUGGUACGUGGUCAAUUGUAUGCCUCCAGCAAGAAGUUGGGUAUUUCCCAACCUUUGCCAGUUUUGCUAAGAUCAAUGGCUACUCAAUCAUCUAGUCAUUCGGAUUCUUAUCAAUAUUUGCAACGCUCUAAAUUGCCUACAUUGUAUUUUCAAAAAUCUUUACCUCGUCUACCCAUUCCCUUGGUAGACAAGACUUGUGAACGUUUCUUAGCCGCCGUGCAACCCAUUACCAGUUCGGAUGAAUUUAAAGAAACGCAACAGAUUGUGGAAAAGUUUCGUAUGCAUGAGGCGGCCGAUUUGAAUGCUCUGCUAAAGAUAAAAGAUGAGGCCAAUAAACAUACCAGUUAUAUAUCGGAACCAUGGUUCGAUAUGUACUUGAGAGAUCGUGUUCCCUUACCUUUAAACUACAAUCCCUUGCUGGUGAUGAAAAACGAUUCACGUCCCCAAUAUCAACAACAAACUGUACGUGCUGCCAACCUUAUCAUCUCAUCUUUACGCUUUUGGCGUUCCCUGCAAGAUGGUGUUCUUGAACCCGAAGUUUUCCAUUUAAAUGCCAAAAAGACUGAUAAUGAAAAAUAUCGCCGUUGGAUGCGUAUAGCACCCACAAUAAUAGCCACCUAUGCCUCGUAUGCCUUUAAAGCAUUCCCUCUCGAUAUGAGUCAAUAUGAACGUUUGUUUGGUACUUCUCGUAUACCGGAAUUCGAAAAAGAUCGUUUAGUACAAUCGCCCAAUUCCAAACAUAUAAUGGUUAUGCGUCGUGGUAAUAUUUAUGCUGUAGAUGUACUAGAUGCUAAUGGUAAUAUAGAGCCUGCAAAAGAAAUAUUGGCUCGUCUUAAUGCUGUCAUUAAGUUAGAUGAAACUAAAACGACUGCUGAGGUUCCUUUGGGUGUUCUUACCGCUGAUGAACGUAAUGAAUGGGCUGGCAUAAGGCAACAUAUUGUUAGCAAUAGUGUGAAUAAUUCUUUGUUGACGCAGCAGUUGGAUACGGCUUUGUUUUGUGUUUGCUUGGAUACACAGGAAGAUCCGGUGUAUGAGGAAAAUAAUCCAGUUCCGGUCUUAAAGCAUUUAUUGGCUGGAAAGGGAACUAAUAGAUGGUUUGAUAAAUCUGUAUCCAUUCUGUUAAGUGCUGAUGGUACAGCUGCUGUUAAUUUUGAACAUGCCUGGGGCGAUGGUGUAGCCGUUUUACGUUACUUCAAUGAAAUAUACAAGGAAACUCUCAACAAACCCUUUUUAAGUACCAACGACCUUGAAGCUGUAUCCAGUCAUGCUGUAGAAACCUCAACCGUACGCCAUCUCAAUUUCGAAAUCGAUGAUAAACUUAAGGAAUUAGUAAAACAAUCGAAUAAUAGAAAUCAACAGAAUAUUAAACCGCUUAAUAUGCACAUGUUACGCUAUCCACAUCUAAGUAAAAAUGCCUGUAAAAGAGAUCGUUUAAGUCCGGACUCUAUAAUGCAGUUGUCUUUCCAACUGGCCUAUAGACAAGCUUUCGAUAAAUAUGUGGGUACAUAUGAAUCCUGCAGUACAGCUGCUUUCAAACAUGGACGCACUGAGACUAUGCGUCCCUGUACCAAUGCCACCAAACAGUUCUGUGAAAGUGUUUUAGAUUCCAAGACUAAUAGCGAUGCCAAAUAUUUACGUACUCUUAUCGAUCAAUGUUCUACUUAUCAUGGUCAACUGACAAAAGAUGCUGCCAUGGGUCAGGGUUUUGAUCGUCAUUUAUUUGCCUUAAAACAUACAGCCGCUAUUAAUAAUAAACCUUUGCCAGAAUUGUAUAACAGUGUAGCCUUUAAACGUAUUAAUCACAAUAUUAUAAGUACUUCCACCUUAUCAUCGGAUGCUUUAUUAGCCGGUUCAUUUGGUCCUGUAGUACGUGAUGGCUUGGGUAUUGGUUAUUCCAUACAAAAUGAAGAAUGUGGCGCUAUUGUUACAUCCUAUGAAAAUGGCUGUAAUGGCCAGGAAUUUAUAAACAGUUUAGAACAAGCCUUUAAUGCUAUACGCAAAGUCAUUGUUGAAAGCAAAUAACAAGUAAAAAGUGUGCGUAGUUUUGUUUUAGUUGUUCCUUUUUGCCAAAGCAUUUAAUGCGUUUUUGAGCAAUUAAUUUCAUUACCCUUUUUUUUUUUUUGCUUUCAUGUAUUGCCGGUUUGUGUGUUUACAAAACGCCCUUUAAGACUAAAUGGUUUUGGCAUAAAAACAAACCAUAACAUGUUCUCUACUUCUGUAUUUACCAUUUUCCAUUUUAUUUUUAUAAUUUUAAUUGUUGCAUUUUUGCUCCCUGCUAAAGAGAUUAAAUUUCUAAUUAUGUUUUUUUUUUAUAUAUUUUAAAGUGUAUCAGGAUUAAGUUAUAAGAUCAAUUACGAAAGUAUGAAAAAUAAAGUGAAAACUAGUUAAAAUUUUAA